AUGGCGGACACGGCGGCGCACUCGCCGCGCACGGGCGAGCAUGAGGGCAUCGUCGCGGCCCUCGAGGCGCUCGUCAGCAACACCGCAAAGGGCAAGCACCAUGGCGACGACGAGCGGCUCGGCAUGAGCGCGGCCGGCAACCCGUACACACCGGCGCCGGUUGCCAAGCAGCACCAUCAUCACUGGUGGAGCAAGGUCGCCGCAGUGGAGGGGCUCUCGCAGUCCCGCCUCGACGAUCUCUUCGCUGACCAUCAUCUCGGCAACUACACCGCGAUCCGAGGCUCGGAGCAGCGCAUCUUUGAGUCGAUGCCCGUGGCUGUUCGGAUCGGCAUGCACCUGCUCUUCUUCAGCUCGAAGAAGACGAGUCUGCUGCGCUACUCGAGCGUGGAGGAUGUGCUCGAGAAGAUGAGCAUCAAGCAGGGCAAGCUGUACGACGACGCCAGCGAUCCUGCCGCCGUGCUGGAGCACAUCAAGAGCUUCAUCGAAACGUACCAGAUCGACACGAGCGAGCUGCUCGAGCCCGACCCGAUCAAGUACCCGUCGAUGAAUGAGUUCUUCUUCCGCAAGAUCCGUCCCGACGCGCGUCCACUGGCCGAGCAGGGCAACGCAGCCGUCGUGUCGAGCGCGGCAGACUGCCGGCUGACGGUGUUCGACGACGUCGAGGCGGCGACGCGCGUGUGGAUCAAGGGCAAGCACUUCAGCAUCCGGCACCUGCUUGGCGACACCAGCCUGGCGGACCGCUGCUUUCCGCCCGGCAGCUCGCUGGCCAUCUUCAGACUCGCACCGGCAGACUACCACCGCUUCCACCAUCCCGUGGGACCCGCCGUCUGCGGACCGACGCGCCACGAGGCCGGAGAGUACUACACGGUCAAUCCACAAGCCGUGAACGCAGACUUUGAUGUGUUCACAUGCAACCGACGCGACGUGCUCAACUUGACCUGGACGCCCCGUGCCGGCGUCGACGUGCCCGUGGCGUUCGUCGCCAUUGGCGCGCUGCUCGUGGGCUCGAUCGGCUGGAGCAAGGCGAGCCAGGGCUCGAGCGUGGCGCGCGGCGAGGAGGCUGGCUGGUUUGCAUACGGCGGCUCGACCUGCAUCGCCGUCUUCCCGCCCGCGGCCAAGGUCACCUGGGACGCAGACCUGCGCGCCAACUCGCUCGCUGGCGUCGAGACGAUGGUGCGCGUGGGCGACCGCAUUGGCAUCAGCGAGGCGUAGCUGCGCCCGCGGACGUCGAGGCUUGGCCUCGGACGACUCGAGCGGUCUCGAAGCGCCGCUGUGUCCUGCACAUACGGACGGACAGGCCCUGCUCAUUGGCGCUGGCCGCGCUCUGGCCCCUACCUUAUAUCCUCUCUUGCCCGAUCUAUCUUUAUCCGCUGUCUGCUUGUCUUCGUGCACGUCUGGG